AUGGCAGACCUCUAUCAGAAGCACGGACUUCCGGCGAAAAAGGCUGCGCUCGGAGGUUUGCUCUUGCCUAUUCAAUUUUCCAAGCUAUACCCGAAUUUGAAUAUUGUGGCCCAGGAAGCUGGGAAGAAAGGGGGCGCCAAGGGAGCUGCAGGAGGAAGUGCCGCAGCAACAGCUGGAAAGGGUGCCUCGCCCGAACAAGCGGGAACUUUGGUCUGUCAACCGGUACCCGCAAGUGCGUGGCAAGGAGGUUCUGUGAAUGGCGCCGCGGUAGCUGAACAGACACCGACCCCCACUGUGCAAGCGACUCCUCCUCCUGCCGCGUCAGAGCCUUCUCCGAUAACACGUGCUGCUCCUCACGAAGAUGAACGAUCUGUAUCCGGGGUGGCCGAUGCAGCUGCGCGAAUUUCGUCAAGCACAUUAGCGGCUGGGGAGAGUAACCGACGGUUGUCCGUUGGCACGACGGCGCAAGUGGCGCCCUCCUCGCGAGCGGGUACACCGCGGGCUGCUUUAAGUCCUACUGGAAAGAACACUGCGACGAGCCGUGACAGCAUGAUGGCCGGCCAAAGGGUUGCUUUAGGGGGGGCGCUGCCGUCGACUGCGUGUGG